CCACCCGGCCGGCCGCCGUGUCCGCCGUCCGGGACCAUGGCAGCGCCCGCGGACGCGCGCCGCCUGUGCCGCCUGGUGCAGCAGGGCCGGCUGGACGCCCUGCGGGAGGCGCUGCGGGGCGUGGCCAUGGCCCCGACGGCCCCGCUCCUGCUGCACUGCGCCGCCCGCCACGGCCGCCUGCACGUGCUGGCCUUCCUGGCCGAGGACGCCGGGCUGGACAUCGAGGCCGCCGACCGCGAUUCCAAGCGGCCCCUGCACGAGGCUGCCGCCGCGGGCCACCGGGACUGCGUGCGCUACCUGCUGGCCCGGGGCGCCGCCGUGGACAGCCUGAAGAGGGCCGACUGGACCCCUCUGAUGCUGGCGUGCGCCAAGAGGAACCUCGAGGUGAUCCAGGAGCUUGUGGAGAAUGGCGCGGACCCUCUGCUAAAGAACAAGGACGGCUGGAACAGUUUCCACAUCGCCAGCCGGGAGGGAGACCCACGGAUCCUCCAGUACUUGCUCAACGUUUGCCCCAGCGCCUGGAAGACGGAGAGUAAGAUUCAAAGGACACCGCUGCACACUGCGGCAAUGCAUGGCCGUUUAGAGGCGGUAAAGCUGCUUCUUCAGAGGUGCCAGUACGAGCCCGACUGCAGAGACUGCUGUGGCCUCACCCCGUUCAUGGACGCUGUCCAGUGUGGACAUAUUGGCGUGGCCAGGCUGCUGCUUGAGGAGCACAAGGCUUGUGCUUCUGCUGAAGACUGCCAGGGGGCCCAGGCCCUCCACAGGGCAGCUGUCACGGGCCAGAGCGAAGCCAUCAGAUUCGUGGUCUCUGAGCUGGGCAUCGGCGUGGACGUGCGAGCCGUGUCCACACACCUCACGGCACUUCACUGUGCUGCCCAGGAAGGCCACGUGAGCACGGUUCAGACGCUCUUAUCCCUGGGAGCCGACCUCAACUCCAAGGAUGGAAGAAGUAGAUCAGCCCUGCACCUGGCCUGUGCGGGGCAGCACAGGGCCUGUGUGGACUUCCUCCUGCGGGCCGGCCUGCGGGACAGUCGAGAUGGAGAGGGCGCCCUGGCUCAGCAGCUCACACACAGAGCAGACAUCCUGCGCUGCUUCGACCAGGAGGAAGUGGCUGAGUCCAGCCUGCCUGCGGACGCUCCCGGAGAAGCUGCCCAGUGGGCACAGGAGGCGUGGGGCCCAGUCGUGCUCCCGUGACCUGCAUUUUGUUUC